AGUGACUCAUAUCCUAAGAAUCACUUGGGUAGUAUUGGUAGCGAUGAGAAGGUCACCGAAGUUGUACCUGCAACUACAGGAACAGCUGUCCCCGUUAAGUCAGAAAAGACUCACGAACCUGCGAGAAAGCUACUGAAGAAGAUUAUUAAGGCUACUGUUCUAACAUUCCAUGCUAUUGUUGAUCGUCCGCAUGUGGCUCGAAUGCAACUUCUGCUAUGUAAUAUAUCCGACCGAGCACUUUACUUCAAACUGAAGAGCAACCCUGGCAGCAACAUAUCUGCCCAACCUGCUGCGGAUGCGGAAAUACCGCCGCAUUCUCAAGUACGGCUUAUUUUAACGUGGACGAGACCUCCACAUUUUGAACAUUGGAUAGACGUUCCACCUCCAAAAUUACUAAUUGUUACUCGACUUCUGGAUUCUACUAGUGAUUCUGAUGCAUCUCAAACAGCAAUUCGUCUUAUUGCUCGCGUGAGUUCAUCUAACACGUGCUCUGCUUCCAAUCCACCCAUAGAGCAGUUGCUCCUAGAUGCCGCGGGCAAGGCGGAAAUGGAUGUAUCGUCUAAGACGCAUGAGGGAACACCGCGUACUUCAGUCAAAAGUGGAGACCAACAGCGCGAGGAACUGGAACUGAAAAGUGCUAUAGAUGACGAUGCGGCAGCUCUAGAUGGAAAAUUAGCCGAACAGGAAGCUCACAGUUUUUUAGAGCUGAAGGGUACAGCAGCCACGGACCUUGAAAAGGAAGAGUGGUAUCAUGGGUGCUUGCCCUUUGAAGACAUUGUCGGACUUCUAGUAGAUGAAGGCGACUUUCUCAUCAGAGGAGUUGAAGCUCAAGAAAACCAGAACAUUGCGGCACUUGUCACUGUCAGAUGGGAAGGGAAGGUAGAAGACUAUCCCAUAAAGUAUACAGUGGAGAAAAAUGAUCACAUCUUCACAAUAGACGGUACCAACAAAAUCAACAAUAUUAUG